GAUAUUAGAGGACAGCCUGAUUCCAAUGAUUAAGACCAAGAUAUCAGUGAUUCUCCACAAUUGUAGCAGUUUUGUUUUCUUUGUAUAUUUGUUUCCAUAUUUGUAAUUGUAUAGCUACCAUGUAUCUUCUGUCUAUAAAUGAAGAUCUCCUCACAGCAUAUUGAGGUGAGGCAUUUACUUCACACCUGACGCUGAUGACAGGACAACAAAGCGAAGAAAAUUCUGGCAGUGAGGUUGGCUCUAAGGUGAUGGAUAAAAAUGCUGUUAAAAAAAUAAUUCCAGUGAAACAAGUGCAACAGCAUGAGGAAAAGAAGGCUUCUGAAGAAGGUGACAGAGAAGCUAGAGGUGUUCCUGUUAUGCUCUCACGUGCUGAAGAGAAAAUAUCUUCUGAAGAUAGUGCCAAAAGACUGUCUUCUUCCCCGCUAAAGACAGCCAAGUUACCUUCCGUCUGUUUGAGGGUUGAUCCCUUGCCAAGGAGGAAAAGCAAUAAAGGCAGUUCAAGGUCUCCAAGUCCUCCUGGUGACAAGGGUAAGCAAGAGGAGUUGUCAUUAGACGGUUCCAAGUCUCCUACCUCAACUGUAAUGAAAGAAAGCUCUGAACGAAAUAUGCAAUCACCGGAUUGUACACUAGACUACAGCAAGGAGGUAGAGCCCUGCAAAACCAAGACCAAAACUAUUAAAGUUGUUGAAGGGACAGCCAGGCAAGAGAGAAAUGAUUUGGAUGUGGCUCGAACUGAGGGACCUUUUAUCCUGCCCCUUAAAUCUCAGGAAGCCAGACUGGGAGACAACGUUAUGGAGGGGAAGAAUUCUGGUCAAGCAAUUGAGCCAGAAAAGGCAACAUUAGAUGGGCAAAUUUGUGAUGAUGCAUGGCAGAGUGGAGAGGAUAAAGAAGCUACAAAGUCAAAAGAGGAUAACACUGACGAAGCACAUAAAGGAAAGAGGAAGAAAUUAUCAGAUGCUGAAGCCGUUACUAUUAUCCAGUCGGCAUACUGUGGCUUUGAACUGAGGAAAGGGGAACCAUUGAAGAAACUGAAGCAGAUGGCUGAAGUCGGUGAACAAAUGGCCGAGGUUAAGAAAUGUAUUCAUGCUUUUGAAUCUUCAUCCGACCUGGAGGUUGAUGAAAAACAAAAAGCAGCAAUUGGAGAAACUAUAAUGGGCCUUUUACUGAAGCUCGACACCAUUCAGGGAUUGCACCCGAGCAUCAGGGAUGUUAGGAAAUCUGUGGCAAGGGAGCUUGUGAGCCUACAGGAGAAGCUUGAUUCUCUAACUAUGAAGAAAAUUCAACAACCCAUUGAGCAGGCGGCCAAACCUGUGGAAGAUUUUCCCAGUGAACCCUUGAAUGAAGCUUGCAUUCAAGGAGGACAAGAGGCAAAAGUGGAACCUGAAUUUUCUGAGAGUGGAAUUAGUAACAAGACCGAAUCUGUAGAGCAAUGUCAAGGUGAGCUUCUCCUCAUAGCAGAUGGCGUGUCUGGCUCCAAAGCUGCGGAAACUUCAGGGGCAACCUUUGUUGAUAAAGAAGUGUGUGGGGAUCUGAAGGACAGGGCCAUGGAGUUACAAGUGACGAGGUGUCCACUUCCGUCAGCUCUGGAAGAGAAGAUCAAUUGUCCAUUGGAGGUGGCACUAUCCUCUUACCUGGUAGAUGACUCAAUUCAUAUUGACAAAGGUAUACAAAAUGUAAUAGGUCAAGAUUCUGAGGUUCGGGAGUCUCACAAGUGUGAGUUGGAUGUGAACGAGUUGGCAAAAUUACCCCAAGAAGUAUUUGAUGAAAAUCCUGAAGUUCAAGAGUUGGAGAAUUACAGGCCGACUGAGACAGGGAAAGAUGCAGCCCUCCAAGGUGGAUUAGUUUAUUCACAAACAGCAGUUGACACAAGUUCGCCCGAUAUAACUCAAGUAAAACAGCAGCCACAGGAAGCACUGGAGGAAGGGCUAGUCCCUGCAGCAAUGGUGGAUUAG